GGGCGCUCGUUUCCGCCAUGUUGCUCGCCCUCCUCGCGAUCGCGUGCGCGUGCGCCGCGGCCGACAACUACACGGACCUCAAACUUAACGCCACCAUCGACCAAAGACUCCUCAACAGACUGUCAACCCUGUUUGACACCAACCGGACUUUAGAUAGGCGCGACCUCGCUCUUCUUAACAGGACUGCUCAAACUUUAGGAAUUGAAAAAGAAGUAGUUGAGAAGAUAAGUGAUUUGAUUAAGAAGAAUGGGACGGUUGAGUCAGGGAUUUUGAGUAGGCUGUCAGAAGAAGCUAAGGGCAGCCAUAGUCCCUACAAGGAAGAAGCAGGGAAGGAAAAGCUGGUGCCGAUCGAUGAGUCUCCUGAUUAUGCGUCGUCGGUGGUAUUGGCUAGCGACCUUUUGUCGCUGACUAGCGCCGUGGCCAGCGUGCAGGAAAAGGUCUGCAGGGAGCAAGGGUACCGGUUUCUGGAUGGUCUGCUGUUGAACAAAAGAUGGGCUUUACGAAUGUUCGACGCGUCAGCAAAGUCCCCCCAAGGCCUGCUAUUCGGCUCGUCGUAUCACUUGGGCAACUUCGACGAGUGCGUCGCGAUCGACGACUCCACAGAUGGCGGGAUCACGGUCGAGGGACAGUACUGUAUGGCGACCAUCAAGUGGCCGAAGAAACGCAAAACGAAAAUGGUCCGAACCGGUCGUGGCGAGACCCUCCGCUGGGCGGUAUGCGUGCCCAGUGCUUGCAGCGCCAAAUCCGUCAAUAGCUUCGUGUCCAGCGUCCUUGCACACACUGUCGGAAACAGGACCACUGUGCAAGUUACAGAGAACGAUUGCUACACUCGAAGACCGUUGACUGUCACUACUUUGGACGUCGGAUUUUUGGCAGUGAUCCUAUUCUUCGCAGCCAUCUUGCUCUUCAGCACAAUCUACGAGUUCUACAAGAUCAAAUGGGGUGUUACCAAGACAUCGGUAGUCCACGAUUUGAUCAUAUCCUUCUCUGUCAUUCACAAUGUGAAGAAGAUGAUAUCCUGCAAGCAGAAUCAUACUCUUGGCCUUGAGUGCGUGGCAGGCAUCAAGACGCUAGCUAUGGUGUUCAUUAUAGCUGGACAUGCGUGUUUGUUUAUCGCUAGCGGACCUGUGAUGGAUGCUGAGGCGUGGGAUCGGUUGGUGCGUCAUCCAGCGGACGCGUUCAUGUUGAACAAUUCCCUGCUUGUGGACACUUUCCUAUUCCUGAGUGCGUUCCUGUUCUGCCGGCUCCUGCUGAUCGAGCUCGACAAGAGGAAGGGCAAGCUCAACGUCAUACCGAUAUUGGUCUUCCGGUACAUUAGAGUAACUCCUGCGUAUAUGGUAGUGAUUCUGUUCUACAUGACGUGGCUGCCGAAGAUCGGAGAAGGGCCUCUGUGGGAAGACAGGAUGCAACUGGAACAGGAGCGAUGCAUGACUUCUUGGUGGGCGAACAUCCUGUAUAUCAACAACUACGUCAACACUGAUCAUUUGUGCAUGUUCCAAUCAUGGUACCUCUCCGUGGACACUCAGCUAUUCUUCGUGGCGCCCAUCUUCAUCUUCAGCCUGUGGCGGUGGCGCCGAGUGGGCCCCAUCCUGCUCUCCAUCAGUAUCCUGGUUUCUGUCGUGAUUCCUGCUGUUAUCACGUAUAAGGACAACCUGGACCCGACUUUAUUGUUUUAUGCCAAAGAGUUUACUGACAUAGUAUCUAACUUCUACUUCAAGACAGAGUAUAUCAAGACGCACAUGAAACUGACUACGUACUUCAUGGGUUUGCUUACUGGUUAUAUUCUCCACAGGAUACAGGAAAAAGAUUACAAAUUCUCUCGCAUUUUUAAAGUGUUCGCGUGGACGACUAGCAUAAUUCUCGGGACGGUGACCACGUUCGCCGUGUCCGUAUUCUACCAGGAUUGGUACGAGUACAACACCAUCGAGGCUGCGGCGUACAUCUCCUUGCAUAAGGUCGCGUGGGGCAUCGCUAACGGGUGGCUGGUUACUGCCUGCGCUACUGGCAAUGGAGGUUAUCUCGGAAAAUUGCUGUCAUGGAAGUUCCUCGUACCGCUCUCUCGGCUAACGUUCUGUGCUUACCUCGUCAAUGGAGUCGUCGAAUUGUACUAUGUUGGGCAGCUGAGGCAUCCACUACAUAUUACAUUCUUCACAGUGGUGGCAAAUGCCAUAUCCCACAUUAUUUUGACGUUCUUCUUGGCUACCCUUCUCUGCCUGAGCUUUGAGUCACCCAUUCAUGGAAUCGAGAAAAUUCUUCUCAGAAUGUUUGCUCGACCAGUUUUAAGCGAUAACGCAAUCAGGAACCAACAGGACGAGAUAUCGAGAAAUACUAGUCAAAGCAAAUUAGAAACGUAGUAGUAAUUAAUGUUUAAAUAAAUUAAAUUUAUAAUCUAAUGACUGAAGGGUAUGAUGCGCCUAGAAAAAGAUUGCAAGCAAAGUGUCUGUGCAGCCGACUGGCAAUCGUCGACGCCAGACGCUGACGGCUCUGUCGCGCCAAUACGCAAGAGCGAUAGAGAUAGAUAGCUACGAAACAGAUAUUAUCGUGAGCGUUUGUGCAUUUGGCUACGUACUCUGUAUUGUGACACUUUGCGGUAUUCAUGUAGAUACUACUAUAGUUAGGUAGACAUAGUAACAGCAUUGAACUAUUAUUACUGCGUAUAGAAAGAGCCGGCACGCCAUUAGCUGUUGUUGGUUUGACAACAAACCACGGUGCUAUAUGUGUAAACGCCAAAUAUUUUGCCCCUCACUAGCUCGGAAACACGUGUUUUAUCCUUUAAUACCAGCCGGUAAAAACGCAUUUUAUCCACUAGUGGAUAAACAAAAUUGACCUUGAACAUGGUGACAUGACCUUCACUCGUGGUUCAACUAUAGAAUCCUUUCACUUGCUCGUUUUUCAAUUCCACACUCGGCGUUCAAAUACAACUUUGCACCUUUGUAUAACAAAAUAAGUAACUAUAAUAUUACACCGCCCACGGCGUUUUUGUCGUAUGCUGAUACCAAAUAAUGGCAUUCCAAAAUAAUGUGAUUAUUUCACAUGACAUUAAUGUGACAUUCCAAAAUAAUAUAUUUAGUAAAAAUAGCUCAAUGAAGAGAGUAGCAAAUAAUGCUAUAAUUCGACUGGCACGAUGCAUCAAUGAAGUCAAAGAAAAAUGUUACUGUGAAAGAUACCUCAUAAUGAGUUUGUGUUCAACUUACAAAUAAAAUAUGGUAAGCAUAGAGAAAUAAGUAAGGAAACAGUUUGUAACUCCAUAUAUCAGUAAAUGCAAGUUAUUCGUAAAUUAUCAGUACCACUACUCGACACUAGGUGUCAACAGUGUGGCGCCUGCCAAAAAUAUAAUAUUAAAACAGUUUACAACUUACAUUACAAGCAGAAGGAAUUAAAAACAGAGUACUGAUUAAUACUAUUGUAAUAUUAGCUAAAAAUUUUGAGUUGACUUAUCGUUCGUCGCGACAUCUAUUGGCAUGUAGCAGUACUAAUAAUUUACUUGUUGACGCGUGGAUGACGCUAGAUGUCACUACAAAUAACUUGCAUU